CAAGAUGCGCAUGCGUUUGUCUGAAAACAGGAAGUAAAUGUGCAAACUGUCAACAAUCCAAUCCAGUACCAGUCACGAUCACCUGAUUGUGUGUCUGUAUUUAUGUUAAUUUAUCCUUCAACAUAUGUGUAACAGUAACAGUGAUGCCUCGGAAGACCAAGGCCGAAGAAUAUUACCGCUUUUUUACUGUAACAGAUUCACGCAUUCACGAGAAAGGACACACGGAAUAUAAAGUAACAGCCAGGUUUGUGUCAAAGACGCAGCCAGAGAAUGUUAAAGAGGUAGUGGUGUGGAAAAGGUACUCAGAACUCAAGAAGCUACAUGGAGAACUGGCAUACACUCAUAGGAAUCUUUUCAGGCGACAAGAAGAGUUUCCCCCUUUUCCACGUGCACAGGUUUUUGGGCGUUUUGAUGAAGCAGUGAUUGAAGAGAGAAGGAAAGCAUCUGAGGCCAUGCUGCUCUUUACAACUAAUAUUCCUGCACUCUACAACAGCCCUCAGCUCAAAGAAUUCUUCAGGGGAGGAGAAGUGAGAAAACCCUUUGAUACACCUGCCAUUGCCACCUCUCUGCCACCUCCUCUUAUUCCCUUACCAGAGAAGGACACUGCAUUGCUGGCUGAAGAAGAGAUGGGCAGAGAAGCUCCUAUCCAGACCCAGGAACUAGAGUCCAAUCACAGACUGACAGAUAUAGCCAGGCCUGAGAUGGCAGUCGAGGCCCUCAGUGACAUGAAAAGCAGCUUAACACAAGAGACUCCAUCAAAUUCAAAAAUACAAGAACAGAAAGAAAAGGAGAGAGAGGAGGAGAUUAAAGCACAUCUGAACAAUGGCACAGAUCAGUGCUCAGCUGCUAAAGACACUUCAACACAUGUCCUUUCAUUUCCAGAAAUCCCAGAUUGUCCAGUUGAUGAAUCAGAGGAGUUUGAUUUGCUCUUUGAUUCUGGAUUGGAUGAACCUACCGAAAGCGCCCUUCCUGUUCUAUCAGAUACAGACCUCGCUAUUUUUGAUCCAUGUGCCAAAGAAGAACAACAGUAUGGAUCGCCAAGCCAUGCUGAACUACUGUCAGUCCCUCUAACCGGGACAAAUGGCGCCGAGCCUGAUAGAUAUGGAAGCUAUGUGUCCCAGGCCAAUGAAGAGCUGAAUGCUGCCCAGGAGCGAGAGAAAGAGGCUGAUUACAGUGCAGCAGUACAACGAUACAGAGCAGCUGUUGAUAUACUUAUGAAGGGAGUUCAAGGAGAUGUGGAUUUGAAGAGGAGAGAUUCUGUGAAGAGGAAGAUUGCCGAAGUCCUAGAGCAUGCAGAGAGACUUCUCUCCAUACAGACUCCCACUCACAACUGCAAUACAUUGAGAACCAAUUGAAACGCACACACACACACACACACACACACACUCACUCGAAACCUCAUACUCAAGCACACUCCCACUUACACACUUUGGACUCAGUUUUAGUUAACAUACACAUGCAAACAAUUCCGCCACACUUUCACUUUUAAGUGUAACUCGCCACCCACACAGUCAACAUACACACAUACACUUGACUCCCACACUUAGAUUCCAGUUUACUCAAAUAGUUACUCUUGUAACACCAUCUAGCAGGAUGUGCCCAAUUCUUGUUCUGCAUUGGACUCCCUGCACUGUACGAUCACAACUGCAGAUUUUUUAAUUAUUUUAUUCUAACUUUAAAUGAUUUGUGACACUUCUUGAACUGCGUAAGCAACUGGAAUAAUAUUUCUCAGAUUUCGAUACUGUUGUGUAAAUUAAUCAUUUGUGUAAAAGAUUGUCUAAACGAAGAAAGGAAUUGUUUAAAUUAAAUCUGCCUGUUAUUCAUAUUUGUUAAUGAUAUGCACUUAUAAAUGUACAAGAGACCAGGACUGUGUAUAAAGAAAAAAGUUCAAAGGGUU